UUGAGAACAGCUGUUUCACCGUUUCUUUAAUUUUUUUGUCAGGAAGUUUGAGGUUUAGUUUUAUAAUUCGCACUAGGUAGAAUAACUAUGUGAAUUGUUUUAGGGCAUAUUCAUAACUUGUUAUUAUAGAAUGGUAUCAUUUUGAACUCAGGAAUAGCUCCGAAGUUCUGAACAAUACAUAUAAUCGAGUAGAUAGGAGCACAGAACAACAUUCCAAGUACGGGUGCCUCAUCAUGGAGCCUGGAAAGACCACGUCCACUAGCCUGGAUGAAAUGGUAGGCCUAUUGAAGACCCAUCAAACAAACGCUCCACUGAUGUCUAUCGCUCUACGGAGCCUCGCUGAAGCAACAUGCGUACCGGCGAAUCUGGAAAACGUCGCAGCUCAUUCUGAUUUGGUGUCACAGCUUAUCGGCAUGAUUGAUUUCCAAAAGGAUGCACCGUUAGAAAUACGACAGCAAAGCUACCUCCUGGAAAUUUUGGUGAACAUAUCGUCUCACGACGGCGACAGGAGUUUGGAGACGUUUAUUGCAUUACGCAAAUGCAUAUGCGCAGCCCUAUUAUCUUUCAAUGAGAACCCUGCGUUAAAGGAUUUUUCUUUGUUGAAUAAGACAUUCGCCAUUUUGAACAAUCUUACGCAGCGGAUGAUACCGGCACAGGAGGUAUUUAGCAGUAUUAGCCACGAACAGUGGAGAUUUCUGCUUGGCCAUUUUGAUGCCGCUAAUCGCGAUCCCAGCUCUGUGCAGUUGGUAUUUUUUCCCUCGUUGCUGGUCAAUUUGAGCAGGCUGACGGAAUUCCGAAGAUUUUUACUGGACCAUCAGCGCUUGGUGUUUCAGCGUUUGUUACCUUUUAUGGAUCAAAAAUUCCCUGUCGUCAUUCGUGCGGCCGUGAUGCGGCUAGUGCGCAAUUGUUCGUUUGAUCCGGAUGUGCAUCCGUGGCUGUUAAGCGAAGAAGUUGGGCUUCUUCCUUGUCUGUUGUUGCCGCUUGCUGGUCCAGAAGAGCUGGAUGAAGAUGAAAUGGAGAAAUUACCAAUUGAUUUGCAGUAUUUACCGGAACACAAGGCGAGGGAACCCGAGAGCGCCUUGCGCGUUGUAUUGCUUGAAACUCUACUUCAGUUAUGUUGUACGGUUGCGGGACGGAAGACCCUAAAAGAUAACGGCGUGUAUUACAUCUUGCGCGAAUUGCAUAAGGUUGAAAAGGACGCCGCCGUGAUAUUGGCCUGCGAAAACGUUGUGGAUCCUUUAAUUAGUGAUGAACCUCCGGAAAAUAUGCAAAAUUUACGACAGAUUGAUAUUCCGGAAAAAUUAGUUGCUCAGUUUGACGAAAUGAACAAUCAGCUAGCUAAUGCAAACCCCGGGGAUUUGUUUACAGUUUUUGCUGGCGACAAAAUGCCUAGACCGAAGUCGAAGGAUGUGGACAAACCACGCGGAAAAAUGACCGCCUACGCUUUUUUCCUUCAGAUCUGCCGCGAGGAUCACAAGAAAAAACAUCCCAAUGACCAAGUUAAUUUCGCUGAGUUUUCCAAAAAGUGUGCAGAGAAAUGGAAGGAAAUGGGUGACAAAGAGAAGAAGAGAUUCUUGGAUUUGGCCGCUCAGGACAAAGUGCGCUACGAAAACGAAAUGCGGCACUAUGUGCCUCCGGAGGGAUCGCCUCGCAAACGAAAACGCGGGAAAAAAGACCCCAAUGCGCCUAAGCGGGCAUUGUCUGCAUUUUUCUGGUACUGCAAUGAUGAGCGCCCCAAAGUUAAGGCUUUACUUGGCUCUGCAAAUGUUGGAGAAAUCGCCAAAGAAUUAGGCAAACGGUGGGCAACUACUACUGCGGCCGAUAAGGCCAAGUACGAAGCGUUGGCUGGCAAAGAUAAAGAACGCUACGAGAGAGAGAAUAAAGCGUUCAAGGCUGGAGGCGGCGGAAAUCGUGGCGGCGCUGCUCCUGCAGCAAAGGUCGCUGUCAGCCAUGCUCCUGUUCCGGAAUCUGACGACGAAGAUGACGAUGAUGACGACGACGAGGAAGACGACGACUGAAAUAGGAAAGGCCGUCGCAAGUCCGUAUUGUUGUCCUUGUUUUUUAUAUUUUGUUGUGCUCUUCAAUUAUCUGAGAGAGAAAAGCUAGUUUUUUACGUUUCCAAAGAGAUGUGCUGUACUAAAAAACUAAUCAUGUUAUGAAUUAUGUCGGAGGUGUUACCAUAUUAUUUUCGGAAAUUGAAAUGUGUACGCUGAAACAUUGUUCAUGCCUUUGUUGGGAAUGGGACGAUGUUUUUGCAAGCUGAUUCCUGCAAUUGUAGUAUUGUGAACAAGCGAGCUCUGUAUAACUCGAUGAUACAGUUCGUACUUCAGUGUUGGUCUUACAAGUUUGGGGAACAAUGAGAGUCUUAUAAAAUAAACAAGUUUGGU